AGUAUGUUUGCAACUCCACUGCGCCAGCUGAGCAGCCUGAACCGUUCCAGCAUAGUGGGCCAGGAGCAAGCGCAACUGUACGAGAUUACCAACAAGGGAUAUGGCAAGGAUGCGGUGAAAGUAAUGCAUAUCAAUCGCAAGGGUCCGGUGCACAGCAUUCAGGAAUUGGAGGUGGGCACACACCUGAAGCUCUACAGCAACAAGGACUAUAUGCUGGGUAACAACUCGGAUAUUGUGGCGACCGAUUCGCAAAAGAACACCGUCUAUCUGCUAGCCAAGAAACACGGCAUCGAGAGUCCCGAAAAGUUUGCACUGAUAUUAGCCAAGCAUUUUCUGAGCACAUAUGCGCACGUGGAAGAGGUACAUGUCCAUGUGGAGGCAUAUCCUUGGCAGCGCAUGAUCCAGGAUGUCUCCAAUAAUAUCGGCAAUGGGUACUGCGAGAAUAACUGUAAUUCCAAAUCGAAUGGUAAAUGUCAGCUGCACAACCACGCCUUCAUCUUCACACCCACGGCGCAGCAUUACUGCGAUGUGAUCCUGACGCGUCAAGAUCCCAAGCAGACUGUCAUCAGUGGCAUCAAGGGACUGCGCGUUCUGAAGACGACGCAAUCAUCAUUUGUGAACUUUGUUGACGAUGAGUUCCGCACGCUGGCGGAUCAGUAUGAUCGCAUCUUCAGCACCGUUGUGGAGUGCUCCUGGGAGUACUCGGAUACGGAGUCGGUCAACUUUUUGGAGGCCUGGGAGACUGUCAAGGAUAUUGUGCUUCGCAACUUUGCCGGUGAUCCAAGUGUUGGCAUCCCCUCGCCCUCAGUGCAGCACACACUGUAUCUCAGUGAGAAACAGGUUCUGGACGUACUGCCACAGGUGUCAGUCGUCUCAAUGACAAUGCCCAACAAGCACUAUUUCAAUUUCGAUACGAAACCAUUUCAACAAUUGGUGCCAGGGGAGAACAAUGAGGUCUUCAUACCGACCGACAAGCCACAUGGCACCAUCUAUGCUCAACUCUCACGUAAAAGUCUCAAAAGCCAUCUCUAAUAUUGAGCGGUAUAUGCAAGAUGUUCUGAGAUUUUACGCUGGGUGCUGAGAUAUCCUGGGAUAGCUACAUAGAUCCUCAUAAUAUUAUAU